AUGGCGGCGGCGGAGCCUCCCGUGGCCGAGCCCAACCCGUUCUCCUUCCGCGAGUUCGUGCGGAGCAAAGCCCGGAGCGCCGAGGAGCCCGUCCAACUCAGCCCCCGCCCCGCUUCCCCUCCUCGGGCGGCUCUGCCCGGCCCCCUCCUCGGCUCCUUGCCGCUGCCCGGCCCGGCGCCUCCCGCAGAGGCGGAGGAGGACGGAGAUGAGGCGGGGUGGAGCGGCAGUUACCGGCCUGCGGCUGCCGAGCGGGAGCACCGCGCUGUGAGCCGCCGUGAGGGCGGCGGGGCGGGCGCUGCUCCGAGAGAGCGCUGCUACGAGGAGCUGAAAGCAGAGAAUGCCGCGUUGAGGAGGAGGAUCCGUGAGCUGCAGGAGAUCUCUGGAACUCAAGCAGACGUGCUGAAGAAGCUUGAAAGAAAGCUCGAGGAAAACAAAAUUAAAGAAGAGAAGGAAGCUCAGGACUUGGAAGCAAUGGUGCAGCACGUGGAACAGAAUCUCCAGCUGAUGACUAAACGGGCUGUAAAGGCAGAAAACACCGCUACAAAACUGAAGCAGGAGAAUGCAUUACUUCAGGUUCAGCUGAAGAAUUACAAGAUGGAGAAUGAAGCUCUGAGGUCGGGGCAGUCGGCAAGCCUGGCUGUGGUGAGGCAAAACGCAGACACAGCCUUACAGAACCUUCUGACUGUUAUCACAAACUCUCAGUCUUCAAUAAAGCAGCUGGUCUCUGGAGCAGAAUCACUGCAGCUCGUCGCCGAUCUCCUUAAAUCCAUAGACAGAAUUUCUGAGGUGUCUGAAGAUGGACAAUGAACCCAACCAGGGACUCACAGGCAGAGCUCAGCGCAGAACUCCUUGCUGAGCGCUGCUGCAGGAGCAGCUCCUCCAUCCCUGCGGAUGGCUGAGGUCGGAGCCGGCACGGGGCGGGACCGAUCCCACAAAGGGCAGCGCUCAGCCAACAGCGAGCGGGACCGCAGCGCCCUGCCCUGCUCCGGAGGGCGCC